AUGCGCCAAGUUGGUCCAAGUGGCCGCCACCAAUACAGGAUGUCAAAAAGACCACUUCACAGAGGUUGUCACGAGAAAAUGUCGAAAACUAUAUGUUUAAGCAUUUCUUCGACUACAUCAAAAACUAUGAAAAAUUAUUUGAGAAAAACUUUCCUUCUGCCAUGAAGGUGUAUCGCACUUAUGUGGACGGGGUCAUGGAUUUCUACAAUGACAUGAAAGCUUAUCUAAAGAUAUCACGCAUUGCUAAUAGUUCCCCGGUGGGUCUAAAAGCAUUGAAUCGUAAAGAAUUGGAACUAUACAUGCAAAUGCCUCGAGAUAUGAUGAAGGUUGCUCCCGCUUUAUUUGGAGCCGCGCUUCCGCUUGUCGGAUACGUGGUGAUGCCGUUGAUCUUUGCGUUUCCACAGCAAUGCCUUUGUUCACAUUUCUGGACGUUACAACAAAGAGCGGAGUUUCAACAAAUCGCGCUGCAAAAACGUCUUAAAAAUAAUAAGCUAGUUUUGAGAAUAUUGCAGUCGAAAUUAAAGGAUGUCAAAAAACACCAACAUCACGAUCAAUUGCAACGUAUUUUGGGCAUGUUGGGUAGUGGUUUUCACCCCAGUGUCGAAGCAUUGCUUGAGGUUAAGGACAUUUUCGCUCAACCGCCAUACGAUUUACUAUCUCUAACUAGGAAACAGAUUGGUCUGCUGUGUCAACUACAUGGAGUUCCUACUCUCUUGUUCAAGCGUUUCCACUUAUCGGAGCAUGCAUUUUUGGUACAUCACAUGGAUUUGGCUAUAGUACGCGAAGGUCACGUUCAUAACAUGCACCCCGAUGGUAUCCGUCGAUCCUGCUAUAUUAGAGGUCUUAAUCCCGUUAACCUGAGCACCGAUGAAAUGAUAUCAUGGCUACGUAAUUGGAUAAAAAUUUCUACAUCGAUUGAAGAACAACACAUCAGCAUGUUCCUGUACCUGCCAGUUCUAUUAGGAUACAAUCACCCAAAUAAUUGGCACCUUAUUUAUGACAGUAGUUAAACAAUUAGAUCUAGGAAACCAGCAGUGAUGUGUUAUAAACCUAAAAAAAAAA